AUGCUAAAGGAGAAACUCCUCUUUUCACUGCUGUUCGCCGCGGUGAUGAACAAAUUGUGCGGCAGCUUCUUGCUUCUGGCGCAGAUCCCUCCAAGAAAACCGACAAGGCUGGCACGAACUGUUCGUCGAACUCAGUCAGUGGAGUCUGUGGAGUACGACCGUGCCUCCAUCACUUCUUCGGAGGCUAUCUCAUCACAACUCUUCAUGGAUAAGAGUGAGAAAUAUCCAGAAGGUAAACCUGAAUCAUGGACUGACUUGAUAUGGCCCCAGCCAAAGUUGAUUAGAGUAAAUGAAGCAAGUAAAGGAUUCCCUUUCCCGAAAGACAAUCGGCUAAAGAUCUACUUCUGCGACGCAUCCAGUGGUUGUCCUCGGAGGAUGAUGCAAGCGAUUCAGAUCAGCGCUCCUUUGCUAUCAAGUGUUGGUCUCGAGUUGGACUACCGUGGUCACAAGACCGCUGAUCACGAUCAUUCUCCGUUGGAUGGUAAAGUGACAUGUGGUAUUUUUGCUGAUGGACGUCCAUCGGGAUCAUAUGCACUCACUAUUGAUCCACAUGGCGUGGAAAUUGUCGGAAGCGAUUAUUGCGGUGUUCGCUAUGCCUUUGCAACGUUUGUGCAAAUCAUUCGUCUUCAGAAGUUUGCGUAUCGUCACAGUAAGGAAAAUGGAUCACCGAAUGUAAUUCAAACUGGAGCUUUUGUAAACGGAUGGCCUCAAUCGAGUGACUCGCUGGUCGGUGGUAAUGGUUAUGCAAGUGGUGACGCAAAUUCAUCGCGGGAUUCAGAGCUGCCUGGCUUACCGAGAGGUGAGGCUAUCCCUUGCCUUACGCUUCUUCAACUAGCCACACGUUUGUCAUACUGUAAAGCUAACUACCUUUUUGUGAAUUUUGAAGUUCGUACAACCGAUCGAUAUCAGUUACCUUAUACGAAUCGUGAUUUGUUUCACAUGAUGCAAGUGUGCGAGGAACUUUUUGUAACGCUUGUGCCAUCCCUUGACACGCAGUCCAAUUACAUUGAACCAAGUGCAGCUCGUGAAAUCAUUGAGCACUUCCUAGAUGACUUUCCUCUAAGUAAAACUGCUCAUUUCGGCCACAAUCUCUCCAGCAUACUCAUUGCAAACAAAAAUGUGCUUGCUGCUAUACAACGUCGAGUUCCAAAGAUAUUCCUUUCAUCGCAUGUUGAUGAAAAAAAUUCAGGUUUGCUAUCAACAGUACCUUCGUACGUUACGCUGUGCAUUGAAGGAUGCUUCCCGUUCGAAGCUGACAGGUUGCUGUCGCCCAGAGUUUCUAUUGUGCUGAAGUUUUCUACAGGCGAUGAUGGUUAUCUGUGCGCUGCUCCGGAUUCUACGGCGAAAAAAGCUGUGCUCGCUGCUCGUUUGGGAGAAAAAUGCAAUGUGCUAGGUACGAUGGUUUGCGAUCUCUCCACUGGUUGCGAAGCGAUGCCGCCUUCAUUAUCUUACAUGUCGCUCGAUAUGACUGCUUUAUUCGAGCAAGCCGCCACGCUAGGGCGUGUAGAACAUGAACUCACGAAGUUUGCCUGUGGGAUUUGGCGUCCUCCUCUAGGAAAUUCCACCAUGAACGAAGAUGGAGAUGCUCAUAUAAGUGGUUUCGGGCAAAACAAGAAGAUGCCAAUUUCGGUAUUCGUAGAGAUGAUACUAAACCCUGAAAAUCUCAAUCUUGAACGCCUUACACCGAUUAUAUUCAAGAAGGCAAGAAUUGAGUUACGGCGGAGCUUGAUGGCUCUUGAUGCUGCUCGAAAGACAUUGCCAUAUAAUUUCGAGUUAGCCUUAGUGCUUGCAGAGAUAAAGUUGGUCACUGAGUUGAUGGUUUUGACAAGCAGAUUGGGGCAAGCUUUAUGCAUGCACAGGACUAAGCCUGCACAAGGAAAGAAUCGCGAUGAAGUCUUCCACUACUCUCCUGGUCGAGUAGGUGUCGCUCAUCUGCCACUGACGGUGCGAACGGAUCUUGCUAAUAGUCUGCUUGAAAUUCGAACCCAAUUCCAACAUGUAUGGCUAUCACGGUCGAUUCCGAGCACAUUGCCCAAUGCGUUAAAAAUGUUCGACAAUCUUUUCCGAUAUAAUCCCGAGAAUGUUGGCGAUUUGGGUCGAUGCGUUCAGGCCAUGGCUACAGAGAACGAAUACGAUAGGGACAUUGUCCUUACUAUACUCAAAUUGUUUGACGAAAGCGUGGUCCGUUUGGUUCUUUUAAAAACAUUGAUGGUUCUGCCAGGGAGUGACUUUGCACUUGCCAAAUGCCUCAUUGAUUCAAAUCGUUUGGGAUCACAGGAACUAAAACGAGUUCUAGACCUUGGAAGUGUACUUGAAGCUUGUGAUUUCGCCGUGUUCUGGUCACUAAUGAAAGGAGAGUAUAAGCCGAGCACAGACAUCUCGGAACCUUUCAAAGUUCCACAAGAAGUGCCUCGUAUGGUUAAAGCCGUUGCUGGUUUCGAAGAAGCAAUUCGCAUUUAUGCCUGCAGAGUCAUAAGUGUAACAUUUCAAAACAUAGAGAAGUCUGUAUUGAGCCGGUUACUCGGCGGCGCUUCAGACAAGCAAGUCGCCGAAUACGCGAAGAAAUUUGGAUGGGAGGAAAAACCCGAUGGUGUCUAUUUCAUUGCGAACCAUGAAGCAACGAUACGCACGAGGAAUAUCGAUGAGAAAUUGCAGUUUACAAAUGUUUCCGAUAUACUGAAGAACAUGCCUGGCAUUCCCGUAUUCGAGACAUAA